AUGCCUACACGCUCUUCGACGAGGCCCAGUGUUGAUCGCCAGCAGAUCGACCGAGUGCUGAAGCUCAGACGCCAACAGCGAGAGGCCAGGGCGUGUUAUCCGUGUCGUCAGCGCAAGGUCAAAUGUGACAACGCUCAGCCAUGUCGAACGUGUCGGAAGCGUGGCCACCCGGACAUCUGCGUCUACGAUGUUGAUCAGAGCAAUGAGAGUGAAAGACGGCCGCUGGAAGGCUCCCGGUUGCUUUCUCCAGCUCGAGAUCAAGCACAAAGAUCCCCCCCCCAGGCGGGAGUUCAGGGGGUUCAGGACCAAGAUUGGGAUGCUGUCACGCCUAGGAGUAAUCCAGAAAGAGACGUGAAUUAUUCCGGAGAUAAUUCACUUGUGUCCAUUCUUCGUUUUCGAGCUCAGGGUUGCGAUGGGACCAUGGCUCAAGAACUGGCCCCUGUCCUGGGUCUUCAGAAUACGUACAACAUUUAUCCCUUCAUGGAAGCCAAGCUGCCGCAAGAUCGCUGGUCAGAGCUCGUCAAGGUAGCACCUCAGCGUGAUGAAGUGUUGAAAUAUUUCCAUUUUCAUCGUACUCUAGCUCAUCCAUUCAACCCGAUCCUCGUGGAUAUAGACAGAUUCGAAGCCGACAUGUGUGCCUAUUUGAAUGCUUAUGCGGCCGGUGAGAUACAAGAUCCCCAGGUCAUCUCCGAGCGUUGGGCGAAUGAAAAGUCCAUCGGCCUGAUUAGUCUCUUACUCGCGACUCUGGCUUCUGGGGCUCAUUUUUCGGAUCUUGAAAAUCCACGACGCUCAGAGGUUUGUCGGGAGCUCGCCCGUCGAGCCUUUCAGGCCUUACGGUUAGCCAACUUUCUUUUCCGGCCAUCGCUAGACAUCGUCCAAACAUUAUUAAUUCUUGGAAACACUUUACAAAAUAAUGGGCAAUCAGACGCAGCCUGGGCCCUGCUGGGAACUACGGUCCGCCUGGCCCAAGCAUUAGGCUUACACAGAGAGAAGAGCUUUUCCAGCUUCCCCGAAUCCGUCAAGUCGAAAGCAAUCUCAUUGUGGAACACCAUCAUUUGGCAGGACAGCCUUCUUAGUUUAUGCUAUGACCGCCCUCCGAUUGCUUCAGCCAAAGGCUGGAAUCUGGAUCAAACCUUCGCCACAUGUUCUGACCUUUCUUAUGUCGAGAUCAUGCGCUAUAACUGCUUCCUUGGCAUAGAGAUUACAAGCGGAGAGCAGCAAUUCCAAGACGCCAGCCGAGCGCUUGACGCUCUCAGCAAACUUGACGAAGUUUACAGCCGGGCACAGGCCCAUCUUCAAGAUCGUGGGAGCUGCACAACUCUCCACCAGAACCUCGAGCAUCUUGCUUUAAAAAUGCAUAUAUCCUCUAUGAUAUCCAUAUUAUGUCGCCCCGCAAUCAAGAGCACGGCUGGUGCCGCCGCAGAUCCUGAGGCUAGUCUUCGAACGAGAGCCAAGCAAAGCUUACUAGACGCAACCAAAGCAUUCCUUGAUUUCCAAGCCCUCAGCACGGUUCCACUACGCACCUGGUCGAUGGUCCACACCGUGCUAAGCUCUACUCUUCUCCUCUGCAUCUGGGACGAGACGCGCAAUGAGCCUCUGUGUCUGGACACCCAACAGAAGGUGAUCGAAGUGUUUUCGGGCGCCGAGUCUGCUACCAAUGAUGACGGCCGCCCUUUGCAAGAGAACAGUCAAUGGUUAUCAGAAAGACACAUCAAGACCUUGGUUACAUUGCGAAACGCUGUGCAGAGCUCAACCUCCCAUCACCUGCCAAGCAGGCCCACAACAACAGCAGUUCAAACACAACGGCUGGUCUCUGACGAUCUCAAUGCGACAUCACCCUUGCAGCAGUGCGAGAAUGUUCCCCCCAAUUUCGGACACAGCCAUAUAUCGCCUGUCACCUAUCUCGACUCCAUCAUGAACGUCCCAUUAUUCGAUUUCUCUCUGGAAGACGGCCUCCUAGAAAAGCCCCUAUGGACCUAG